UCACUGCGGCUCGAAAGCAGAGCGGACUGACCCGCUUCUGAUCUAAAUCACUGCUAGCGCUCAUUGUGAGAUACAGCAACCACUUCUGUAGGCUUUCUGAAACUGCCUAGACCUUUGCAAAUGCAAGCAAUUAAAUGUGUGGUGGUCGGGGACGGGGCUGUGGGAAAGACCUGUUUGCUAAUCAGCUACACCACCAAUGCCUUCCCCGGAGAGUACAUACCCACUGUCUUUGACAACUACUCUGCCAAUGUGAUGGUUGAUGGGAAACCAGUGAAUCUGGGUCUAUGGGAUACAGCAGGACAGGAAGACUACGACAGACUCCGACCACUGUCCUAUCCACAGACGGAUGUGUUCUUGAUAUGCUUCUCCCUGGUCAGCCCCGCCUCCUUUGAGAACGUCCGAGCUAAGUGGUACCCAGAGGUGAGACACCACUGCCCCAACACCCCCAUCAUCCUGGUGGGCACUAAACUGGAUCUGAGAGAUGACAAGGACACCACGGAGAGGCUGAGGGACAAGAAGCUGUCCCCCAUCACCUACCCCCAGGGCCUGGCCAUGGCACGGGAGAUAGGUCAGUGCUGUGAAGUACCUGGAGUGCUCGGCCCUGACCCAGCGAGGGUUGAAGACGGUAUUUGACGAGGCCAUCCGUGCUGUGCUGUGCCCCCCACCCGUCAAGAAGAGGGGCAAGAGGUGCACAGUGUUCUGAGGGCUCUUAUUGUUCCAGGAUCAACCACCAACAUAGUGGCCAUCGUCAUGACGAUACAUCUGGUACACUAAAACAUCACUAUAACAAUCACUACUUCUCUUCGGGACAAGUCCUAACUUGAAACACCACGUAACGGCAAUUUAACUUACGUUUGUGUAAAUAAUGGAUUCAUGUCAAUGGAAUAUUUGAUAUCAAGUUAGGAUUGGCCCCAAGAGAAAUAAAUACUGGAUUUUUUUUACAAUAGGAAAACCAUUUGAUCAGGUGUAAAGAUGGUUCGUCAAGUUGCCAUUUGUUUGUUUUUACACAGAGGAAAGCACUUGAGGUGUCUACUCUCACUCAUACAACCCUACUCCCUCUCAGUCCUGUUAGCUUGAGUUGAUACAGCACUCAAAACAGUCUGUACUGUGAAUCUGUCGCUCUGGGUUGAAGUUGCCCUUAGGUACAGAUUUAGGAUCAACGUUCCCGCCUCAAGUCCUAAACUUGACCAUUACGGGGAAAAAACACAUGACCUUAGAUCAGUGAUUAGGGGCAAUUUCACCCUACUCUGUGAAGUGAAUAAUGUGACAAACAGACAAGAAUGACAUGGGAGUUGUACAACAUGGCUACCUGAGGAAUGCCUCUGAUGGAGGUGCUUGCAUUGGUUUAAACAAUAUGUCUUCAUUUUCCAAUUAUUUGAAUCUACCCAUGCAUGUCACUGUAUGUGUGAGAGAGUAAAAUUUCAAGCAGUGUUACGUUUCUGAUACUAUUACUGCAUUGUAGUGAUAGACAAGACUUUGCUACAAACUGUUGAUUCAACAAAGGGGAAAU